UGUCCCCCAGUCGUGGGGGUGGACGGAGAGUGACCACGGCCACCCCUUGCCACCUCCUAGCUCCGCCACUGCAUUUCUCAAAACAAUUACUUACAAUGUAAAAGGGCCUGAACUUCCACAAGGUCUUUCAGAGCUUGUUCAACACUGUAAAAGAGAUUUGCCAAGGGCAGCAGCUGGCUGUACUUCUUCAUCAUCACUUUCCUGUCGGCUUCGUUCAGGUUUGCACGUUGUAACUUCUGCUGGAGACGUCUGUGCUCCUCCAUAAGUUGUUGAAUAUACUUCUGAACGGAACCGUUGUUGUACAAGUCACCCGCAUAACUACUGCGACAAAGGCGCCUUGACGCCAAAGCAACACUGCGUUGCACCACUAACAUAUUAGCAUGAUUUGAACUAGUAUGUCCUGAGAUUGCCCUCCACCGUCCUCUUUUCAGGUUGUAUACUUCGCGGUGAGUGACGGAACACAAGCGGGACCAACUGCGAAAAAACAUUUGAGAACUCACUUGUUUACAUGAAAACGACGAAUAUAAAAUGGUAUAAUAAGUGAUACUGUAGUGCCAUGCAACAACAUUAACUCGAAACCCGGAAGUAGUUUGGGAAAUGGCGUAAGGGCGCUAGCGACUUUGGGCUUGUUUUUUGGAAAGUAGUUUGCAAAUUUCCAAGUUCCCUGUUGUUUUAGUUGGCAUUUUUUGUAAAGUCGCCUACGAACCCCCAACUUCCUUGUCGAGCCAGUCUCUUGGUUCUUUCGCGAGACAAUUGCAACACUGGUUGGCCGCAGAGAAUUCUGGGAGUAUGAGUUUUAAUUUAAGAUAUGACAAGCUAAUGGCCAUUCUGUCGCUAUAAUCAUUUUAGUUCGGUUAUGUAAAUGGUCACUAAAACGUUAUCCUAUCCGACGGUGUUAAAAUGGCAGCUUGUACAAAUGAAGGCCACAACCAAUUAUCAUUAACCCAAGCCCUGGAAAGCAUUAGCCAACAUGGCUACACUCAGACGGAAGCGCUUCAAGAGAAGCAGAUGACUCUCAGCUCCCUUCAGGUGACACUGGCAGAUUUGCAGAAGACAGGUGAUGAGGCAGAGAAGAAGCUGAGAUGUAAAUCCACAGAGCUCCUCUUCCUUGAGGGUGAGAUGAUGCAUUUGAAGAGGCAGAUGCAGGCCCGACAUGACCAGUGUGCUUCCAUCAGAGCGGACAACACAAAACUCCUCGAGCAAAUAAGCGAGGCCGAAGAGAAGGCCUGCACGGCACAGACACGGUUUGAAAUUUAUCGAAGAAAGAUGAAUGACUACAGACAGGCGGUUUUGCAUGCGUCUGGCUGGACUUUGGCUUGCAAGGAGCUGGAGGAGAAGCGGGCGCUGUUUCAGAGCCUGAGGAAGGCCAAGGAGGAGCUGAAGGAGGAUUUAAAGAAUUCUCAGGGAAAUACAGCCCGGACGGCAAAGAGAGAGGUUGAUGCUCUGACAGAGGAGAUUGCUGCCAUGAGGAAAACUAUAGCUGAGAGGAGAGAAAAUCUGCAAAAAGAGUUGGAAAGCCAUGCACAGAUAAAGAAAGACAUUGAGAUUCAAAACAAGCGCUUUGCAGCCAUGGUCAAGUGCCUCCAUCGCCAGCUGAGCAAGGCGCAGGCUCUCCACAGGCAGAUGUCCAGUGACGUCUACCGCAUGGAGAGACAGAUAGCUGAGCUGAAAAUGAAGCUGGGAUCAUCGAGUGAUUCGGUGGUUAGUGAUAAAUAGAUAUAGCUGCAGGAUAUUGAGGAGUGGAAAUGAGCGUUCAGUCUGGUUUGCGUGAAGAGGUUGUUGGUGCAACUAAUCAGCAGAGGGCAGCAGUCUCAAAUGUAUGAACUUGAUAACGUGACACAUUCAUUAUGCAUGU